UUGAACGCCCUUGCUUCUUCUUGCUAUCUUGGUGUCCCUUGCAGUCCCCGGCCGCAUGUUAACCGUGUAGGCAGCUAACAAACAAUGCAUACCGGUACGAUGAAUAUUAAAUUCAACUGAAUGAACUACAAAUGGCCCGACAGAAAAGUAAAGCUGCAAAGAUCAGGCAUGGCCUACACGCUGCGAACAACAACCUCUCGGCGCUGUUUGAUGCCAACGCCGUGGAGGACCUCGAGGAGGAAGCUGUGGGGGUCAUUGCUGGCAUGCUCAGCCUGACGCUUGAACAUGCUCGCAAGCGCCUGGCUGCGGCAAAGUUGCUCCGUUCUCGCGUGGACAAGCAGCCGGAGGGCUCUGGGCGGGCGGUGCAAACGGCACUCAGCAGGCACACCACCAAGAAGAGUCGCGGUGGCAAGGAGGGCCACGGCAGAGAGGAACGCCGCGGUGAUGAUGUGAGCCGCGGUGAUGAUGUGAGCCACGGCGGUGAGGCGAGCAGCAGCGGCGAGGCGAGCAGCAGCGAUGAGGAGGGCGGUGGUGAGGAGGGGAGCGGCGGUGAGGAGAGCAGCAGCGGUGAGGAGAGCAGCAGCAGUGAGGAGAGCCACGGCUGCAGCGAUGUCGAUGAGGACGCCCCAUGUAAGAAGUGCGGCGGCGCCGACGCGACCGUCUUUGACAUGGUAUUUUGCGAUGACUGCAACGACUGCUAUCACGUGAACUGCCAUGAACCCCCUCUCACGGCGGUGCCGAUGGGCCGCUGGAGCUGCAGCACAUGUGCACAGAAGCCCGUUGGCUGUGCGGGCGGCGGGUUGGGCGGGGGUGCCGAAGCACUGCAGCGCGCAGGCGGGCCCGGCGCAGACUUGGAGGUCGCAGCACUGGGCAGGGCGGAGACAGCUGCCGGCGCCACCGCGGCAGUGGACUGCAGCAGCACGGGUGGCGGUGACGGCGGGGCGCUAGAGCCGACAGCAAGCCCACCGCCAGGACUGGGCGGGCUGGCCGAAGCACUGCAGCGCGCAGGCGGGCCCGGCGCGGACUUGGAGGUCGCAGCACUGGGCAGGGCGGAGACAGCUGCCGGCGCCACCGCGGCAGCGGACUGCAGCAGCACGGGUGGCGGUGACGGCGGGGCGCUAGCGCCGACAGCAAGCCCACCGCCAGGACUGGGCGGGCUGGCCGAAGCACUGCAGCGCGCAGGCGGGCCCGGCGCGGACUUGGAGGUCGCAGCACUGGGCAGGGCGGAGACAGCUGCCGGCGCCACCGCGGCAGCGGACUGCAGCAGCACGGGUGGUGGUGACGGCGGGGCGCUAGCGCCGACAGCAAGCCCACCUCCAGGACUGGGCGGGCUGGCCGAAGCACUGCAGCGCGCAGGCGGGCCCGGCGCAGACUUGGAGGUCGCAGCACUGGGCAGGGCGGAGACAGCUGCCGGCGCCACCGCGGCAGCGGACUGCAGCAGCACGGGUGGUGGUGACGGCGGGGCGCUAGCGCCGACAGCAAGCCCACCUCCAGGACUGGGCGGGCUGGCCGAAGCACUGCAGCGCGCAGGCGGGCCCGGCGCAGACUUGGAGGUCGCAGCACUGGGCAGGGCGGAGACAGCUGCCGGCGCCACCGCGGCAGCGGACUGCAGCAGCACGGGUGGCGGUGACGGCGGGGCGCUAGCGCCGACAGCAAGCCCACCUCCAGGACUGGGCGGGCUGGCCGAAGCACUGCAGCGCGCAGGCGGGCCCGGCGCAGACUUGGAGGUCGCAGCACUGGGCAGGGCGGAGACAGCUGCCGGCGCCACCGCGGCAGCGGACUGCAGCAGCACGGGUGGCGGUGACGGCGGGGCGCUAGCGCCGACAGCAAGCCCACCUCCAGGACUGGGCGGGCUGGCCGAAGCACUGCAGCGCGCAGGCGGGCCCGGCGCAGACUUGGAGGUCGCAGCACUGGGCAGGGCGGAGACAGCUGCCGGCGCCACCGCGGCAGCGGACUGCAGCAGCACGGGUGGCGGUGACGGCGGGGCGCUAGCGCCGACAGCAAGCCCACCUCCAGGACUGGGCGGGCUGGCCGAAGCACUGCAGCGCGCAGGCGGGCCCGGCGCAGACUUGGAGGUCGCAGCACUGGGCAGGGCGGAGACAGCUGCCGGCGCCACCGCGGCAGCGGACUGCAGCAGCACGGGUGGCGGUGACGGCGGGGCGCUAGCGCCGACAGCAAGCCCACCUCCAGGACUGGGCGGGCUGGCCGGGGCACCGGUGCACUAUAAGCGCAUAGCAGUUGAUGAGCUGCCAAGACGUAAUAAGGGCGCAAAGCUGCAAAGCAUCCCUGAGAUGUUGAAGAAGUAGUUGACACGUGACACUGAGCAACCCGUUGACAUGUCUCAAGGAUAGUCCGUUCGGAUAGUUUUUACUGGCUGGAAACCAAUAUAAUAAGGAUACUUAUGCUAUGUAGGUGCCACCUGCUGAGUUUCAACUGAAUCGGAGGUGGUCAUUUUUGGAAGGUAG